UCAAUCCAAAAUCCCCUUUUCCUUUUUUCCUUUACAAUCAAAUUACUCUCUUCUCCUCCUCCUUAAUUCUUGCCUAUUUAAUUCCAAAAAUCUCUUCUUUGUUUUUUUUACAUGUAAGUAUGGAGCUUGGAUUAAGCUUAGGAGAUGCUAACACUAGUACAACAAAUAAUACAACAUCUUCUCCAAAAUCAUUUUUCUUGUCUAAGAAAAAUGUUAUUUCUACUUCUUGUGAUCAUGAUGAGAAGAAAAAGGGUUUAGGGUUUUGCAUGGCUUUAGGAAUUAACUCAUCACCAAGUGGAAAAGUACAACAAGAAGAUGAAGAAAAUGAUGAAGAAAAUAAUACUUCUGAAGAAGGCACAAAUAAUACUCUGCCAGUUCAGCUUGAUCUUCUUCCUCUUGUUCCUGUUCCUACUCCUCUUAAUAGUAUCCAUCCAUCUCACCAUUGGUCCUCUGAUAAUGGGAGUUCAGAAAAUGGUUCGUCGGGAAACGGUGGGUUGCCGGCGGCGAGAGGUUUCGACGUGAACCGGCUGCCGGCGGUGGGCAUGGAAGAAGUUUCAUCUCCAAACAGCGUUGCGUCGUCGUUUCGUAUGGAUUUUGGGCUUUUCAAAAGCUGUGUGAAUACUAUCGGCGGUGGAAAUAAACGGAGCGCCGAAUCCGGCGGCGGAAACGACGGCGGCGACCCGGAAAGAGCAUCGUCAAGACCCAGUGAUGACGAUGAAAAUGGUGCGAAUACUCGGAAAAAACUUAGGCUAUCGAAAGAACAAUCAGCUUAUCUUGAAGAAAGUUUCAAAGAACACCAUACUCUAAAUCCUAAGCAAAAACUGGCACUUGCUAAACAGCUAAGUUUAAGGCCAAGACAAGUUGAAGUUUGGUUUCAGAAUAGAAGAGCAAGAACUAAAUUGAAACAAACAGAAGUGGAUUGUGAGUAUUUGAAGAGAUGUUGUGAGACACUAACUGAUGAAAACAGAAGGCUACACAAAGAACUUCAAGAAUUGAGAGCUUUAAAGACUUCUAAUCCAUUUUACAUGCAACUUCCAGCCACUACAUUAACUAUGUGUCCUUCUUGUGAAAGGGUGGCUUCCACCACCACCACCACCUCCGCUGCAGCGGCUACUCCCAUCACCGCCCCUGGAACAACCACCACCACUACUACUACUGCAAGUGACUCAAUUCCUAAAGCAAUUCCAUUUCUUAAUUCUAGACCAAGAUUUUUCCCAUUUACUACUACUAAUAGUAAUCCAAAUCAUUCCCACAAAUCAGCAGCCUCCUGAAAAAAUGUGAAUUUUAAUUUUCUGUGAUGUAAAUAUACUAAUCAGUAUUCAUUGGUUUGGUUUUUUCUGCCUUAGAGAUCAUUGGUAGGAGGAUGGGUUUUAUUUGUUUCGUGUCCUUUUUGGGAUUAUUGAUGGUUUUUUGUCUUCUCAACUUAUUGAGAAUGUUUUGGUUCAUUUACAUGUGAAAAAAAAAGAAGGAAAAAGUAACUUGAGAGAGGUUUGUAGUUGUACUAGGUUUUAGAAGAAUUUCCCUUUACUUUUAUCUUGAAAAGAAAAUAGAACAGUACCUUUUUUUUUUUGGUCA